UUCACUUUUAAGUAUUAGGGUUAAUAAAAUAAUAAUAAAAAAACGGCUAGCAUCAACGUGAAUGACUGAAAAUGUAGCUUUGCGAAGAGGAAUAGGAACUUUUAUAGAAACUGUUUAAACAUUUAAAUACAUCUUCUUAAGGUCUUAAAUUCAUUAUUUUUUAACAUGGCAGAGGCGAGUAAUGGAGAUCUUGUCAAAACGAAUUCGGAGUCUCCAAACGGGGCCGCAGGGGCGCAGGCUUCUUCCACUGACGUCAGUCUCGCUACGACGGAAGAGAUGAGUAUCCACCUGUCGCCAAGGGAACCAAGUAAGGUUCUGUCGCCAAGGGCAACCAAGCCGACGGGGAAGACCGUUUCAAUGACGAGCAGGGGUAAGGCCGCCGCCAUGGGUCGGUCGGCGUCGUUUAAGACUUCCAGCGCGGCAAAGCCGAGGGGCCAGGCGGCGAGAGGAGAAGGGGGAAAGGAGAAAUGUGAUAUGUGCGAUGAAUUCAAGUCAAUGAGGGCGCGGUGUCUAAGCUGCCAGGCCAGCAUGUGUUCAACGUGUAUAGAUCAUCACCGGAAGAUGCGGAUAUGCGCCGACCACGAGCUACAAAACUGGGAGAAAUACCAGCUCCAAAUCGCACCAUCCGGCCCGCCGCCGCUCCCCGACGCCAAGCAGCGCUGCAAGACCCACAGGGACGAGAAACUGCAGUUCUACUGCAAAGCGUGCCUCAAACCGCUGUGUAUUAACUGUAAGCUGACAAAACACGAGGGACACAAGACCAGAGAUCUGUGGGAAGAGAUUGCUGAACAGAGAGAUGACUUGCCGUUCAAACUGAGCCAGAUGAGAGCCAGUUUCUUACCACUGUUGAAACAACAGCUGAAAGAACUGGAGGACCACACUGGUACACUUUCGUACAAUGUUAAGGGAACGAUAGAAAAUAUUGAAAAGCGAACGAAAGUCAUGAAAGAUGAAAUAGACAGGACAAGUACUAGACUUGUUCAAACGUUGAGAAGUAAAGAAAAACGUGAGGGAUCAAAGAUAGACACACGAAAACAGGCGUUGAAUGGAUACGUCAAAAAUAUCAACACGGCGUUGACGUCGGGGGAACGUAUUUUAUUGCAAGGUGACGAUUUUGAGGUGAUGGAACUGUAUCAGAACAUCUUGAAUAUGAUGAAACAAAUAAAUGACAUCCUGAAGCGAAAACAAGGAAAGACAAAAUACGUUUUUCAAGAUGGACAGCUAAACCCGUCGCAACUGACGACAAUGUUUGGGAACUACCUCGAAAGAGGACCAAAAGUUGAGAAACUCAAAUCAGCGAAAACCCGAAAAAGCAGGGCCUCAAAACAAACAACACCAUCGUUACAAAUGGUACCGGAAGUCCAUCCAAUGCUUCUGAACACUUUCACCUGUAAAAUGAUACCCGGAAACAAGGUUAGCGCCAUCGCGCCCAUCAACGACAAAGAGGCCUGGAUCUGCUUCGGUUGGACGACAAACGAAAUAUACCUGUACAACAAGAACGGGUACCGUCUGAAUCGGCUCUUGUUCAAGCAUCCUGUGGACGACAUCACCGUCGACCAUAAUGGGAACCUGAUUGUGUCCACCUUCACCGGAAGCGUCGUCCGAAUGGUGGACAAAAAGCUCCAGGUUCGUGACUUCUUCCAGUGUCCACUUAGGUGCCGCGGGCUGACGGUGUCCGGUACAGGGGAAAUAAUUGUAUGCGGCGUUGACAUGUGUACUGCCAUCCCUCCGCCGUCGAAAUGCACGAUAUUCAAGUUCACCGCACGGGGGAACAAGACGGGGCAUCUAGACGGUGAUAGAGCCAAGCGGAUUCCCGUACACCCGUACCGCGUUGCCGAGAACAUCGAUGGAUCGAUCGCGAUCACAGACUGGGUGAGCGAUAAAGAAGGCCGCGUCGUCGUUUUCGGGCAUGAUGGGAAAGUCAGGAUGGUUUACUAUGGGAAUAACAACGAAAGACGCCAUUUUCUACCGUAUGGUAUAUGCACGGAUAAAUAUGGACACAUCAUCGUCAGCGACAUAAUGGGACAAGAGGUCCACUUACUGGACGUGAAGGGCCACUUCAUUUGCGUUCUACUGUCAAAAGAAGACCUGGACAACGAACGGCCUUACUCUUUGGCCGUGGACCACAUGGGGACUCUGUGGGUGGGGAAUGAACGGGCGCAGAUCAAGAUUUUUCGCUAUUUGGUCAACCAUUCUCAUAUUGUGGGCCCAUUUCCACUGGUUCCGGAAACGAAUUGGGAUCAAGACUGGGAGCGGCCGGGAGUGGACCUGUCUCCCCGCACGUUCCGGAAGCAGUACCCGGGCGGCGUGCGUACACGAUGGAACCUAGGGGAGCCGCGGCGGCCGCCGCCCCGUGUUUACAAGGACGUGCCCGACUACUGGAAGUGGAAACAUGAUCAGGCCUAUUGAUAAAUCACGGAAUGUGUUAGAAAUUUAAAAUAACUCUUGUGGAAAGUUUACGAAACACAUAUUGUUUUUAUCAAUGAUGAUGUUUUAAAUGUAGUGGGACAUAAAUACUGAUUGAUUUUAGGGAUACGUAUUCCUGUUUGAAUAUACAACCUUUGUAAACGCUUUCGUACUGUAUUUAAAACUUUGAUAUACUAGUAUCUAGGAAUGUUGUGCACGUGUAAUGUUAUAUAUAGUUAUUAGCAAUGUAUUAGUGUUGACAAUUUUGUACUAGAUUUAAAACAAUUUAACGUGCCAAUACAAUGUAGUGAGGUUGUUGGCAAAAAGUGAACAGUGAUGAAUCUUUCUAUGGCGUAACAAGACUUGAAGCAGCUCAAAAGUGUACUUACAAAGAAAACCAGUAAGAUUCAAGAUAUAGCUACAGAAAUAAACAUUAAAUCUUGAGUGUGGAAAGUAUCAAAAACCAGAUUUUUU